CAGCAGAUCACCGAUCAACGGAAAGAGCCAAAGGUGGGACAUGUACACUGAUCAUCAGGGCACUGAUGAUCAGUGUGCCCUGAUGAUCUGUGUAGCCCCAGCAGUGCCACCUGUCAGUGUCCAUCAGUGCCAGCUGUCAGUGCUCAUCCAUGCCACCUGCCAGUGUCCAUCAGUGCCUCAUCAAUGCCACAUAUCAGUGCCUACCAGUGUACAUCAAUGCCACAUAUCAGUGCCCAUCUGAGCUGCCUUUCAGUGUCACCCAUCAGUGCCAGUCAGUGCCACCUAUCAAUGCCAUUCUGUGCCACCUAUCAGUACUGCCAAUCAAUGCCGCCUAUCAGUGCCAGUCAGUG